AUGGAUUGUUUCUCUUCUCUUCCACCCGAGAUCAAUGUAAUGAUCCUGCUUUGCCUCAAGACCAGAUCAAAAAUCAAGCCGCUUCUCUCCGCAUCACCUACAAUGCUCCGGUAUUAUUGCGGAUCCAAACUGUACAUUCAGAAGGCUCACCUCGAAGCUGAGCUAUCUGGGACCCUACUUCAAGACGCUCUGGUCGUUGCAAAUUUCCCGUCGAAGAACAGACAGUUACACAUCGAGAAAUGGAGUCAGGGGCAGCUUCCGAACCCAUUCUUGCACCAUGAUGCGGCUACCAUCGAUCGACUUGACAGACUCUACGCCCAAUUCGCGAGAUAUAUCGAGGACUAUAUCACAAAGGCCACAUCUAUCCAUCCGCCUCGCGCUUAUAUGUGUAUUCCAAGCCUUUGUUAUCAUGUCGACCAGCUGCAGUUUAGAGGCCAACCCAUCGGCGUCGAUAUCCUCAGCGUCGAUACGCUCACAGAACUUGAAAGAUAUCGUCUGUUUCAAGCAUUUUUCAGAUAUGAGCUGGUAUCCAAAAUACGCGAUGAGAGAGUCGCGAGCCUCGUUGCCUCAAAUUUCAGGAUGUUCAGCCAUGGCGAGGCUGAAGCACUUCGAUGCGUAUACCAAUACAUGAGAGACCUUUAUGGUGCUGUGUUUGCUCAUCAUGACACUUCUCAACUUCCUUACAUACCGGCCGAAGCAGCCGGGGAGACACGCAAAUUAGUUCCAGAUGACGGAAUACGAUGCCCUAAUAAUAUAUGGCUGGGGCCACCUGAACCAUUUACGAAGCAUGCAUUUCCUCAAAACCCAAUAUCGCAACAACUUGGAUUGGCUGGAUUCAGUCUGAUGACUCUGCUGCUUAGCGUUCCCAGAGACGACAGAGGAUGUCCGAUGCAGUUCAUGGCUACGAUGCCCAUGCACCUAAAGGUAUCGGAAUGGACUCGGUUUCUGCCAACGUUUAAAAUCUUUGAAGAAGGGGUAUACCAUCCGCUAGAUGACAGACGCUGGGACGAUUGGUCAGAGGUCGGCCAAGCGCUCCGGGACAAUGGUAGCAUCACGUUCGCUUAUGGGGUGCGCAUUUGGUCUACUUAUUUUGACCUACAGAAGAGAAUCUACCGACAAAGAGCAUGGGCAUUCUUCGACCACGCUAAAUAUUAUCCGGAAGGUAGUAUAUCUCGACAUUUUCCAACCCUCGAUCAGCUUGAAGGGAAAGCUUAG